UGCCAAAAACCAAAACAAAGAAACUGUUGGAACUACAUAGAGCUCCCAACUUUCAGUUCGAAAUCUAUUCUUUCAAUAUAAACAACAACCAAGAUCGAUUGUAUUUGGGUAUAAAAUAUUCAAAGAAUCUUCUCCAAAGUAUCAAUCAUUACCAUCAUGUUGAAGACACAUCACCUUUGCAUACUUUGGAUAACAAUUGGCCUAAUGGCCAUUGCCAUUCAAGCCGGACCAGUCGAUGAGAACGAAAUCAAAAAAGGUCGCGAUUGUAAGACUUUCUGUGACAGAUGCGGCUGCAUUGGAUUCUAUUGUGGCGAGGAGUGUAUCUGUGAGUGUAAUCAGGAGAAAAAUGGAGGCGACACCGAAUGUAUUGCUGCCAUUCAAGAAAAUGCGAAAGAGAACAAUACUCCAUAUGAGAUUCUAAUUCAAGGACCAAGUUCAAAUCGGUUCUUGAAGAACGCUUUACUAUUCGAUCAGAAUCAACAAACUUGUCCAAGUCCAAGUGAAUAUGGACGAACCAAAAGGAGUACUGUGGUCAUCUACAAGCCAAUUACUGAUGAAUCCAAUGUCGAAGGGUUCUGUGAGAAGCCAUUGACAAUUGAAGAUGAAGCUGAAUUGAAGCAGAACUUUCGUGGAAAACGAGCUGUAGGUGACUCAUGGUUUACAGACUUUACCAACACUCUUGUGAAACCAGCUCCCAUUCCUGGAAUGUCUGUUGAUGCCGAAUCAAUUGAAGAUUUACACGAAGAACCCGAGGAAGAGGAGGAGCAAACAACAGCCACUGACGAAUCAUCAUCAGAAGAAAGUAUCAUUCCCAAAAUCCGUGAAAUUAGAAAGGAAUUCAGGAGUGCCUUGAAUAUUGGCGAAAAUGACAGCAUUGUCAAGGGAAUUCGUAAGACUUUCACCAAGAUUGGUGACAAAGCACUCAAAGCUGUCGAGUUGGAUGGGACAGUGAAGAAAAUUCGAGGAGCCAUCUCGAAUCUCCUGCCAACGACAGAAGAGAACGAACAAACGAGCACCAGUCGAAAGUUUCUGAACAAAAUCAGAGGAAAGAUCUUCCAGCCAUUCGGGGAAGAUGAGGAACUCGAAAGUUAGUCACUCCAAAGAAGGAAGAAAUAAAACAAACCCACUCCAAAGUGGUCAAUUGUAUUUUGCUUAAAAAAUUUAUUUAUUGUAGAAUUUAAAAAAAUCAAAUAAUAAACUUUAAUCUUUUUUUA